GGGACCGGGAGGAGCUGCCUUGCUGCCUGCCUCUCAGAGUCGACGUCCUGUCCCGUCCGUCCCCGACACAAGUUUGGAUGGCCCAGCCCCACUGGGCCCUCGCGCUGCUGGCCGCGUCCCUGGCUGGCCUGCUGCUGGCCGACGCCGCCCUGGGACAGACGUUCACGUACUCGCGGGGCUGGAAGCCGGGCGGCAAGCGCUCCCGGGUGGCGUCCCUGGCGCCGCCGCCGCCAUUGCCGCCGCGGUUCAGGGCCCUGGGCGCCGCGCUGCCCCCCUCGGGCGCCUUCCUGGACGACGCCGCGGGCCUCCCGGACGACCAGGCCCCGGUCAGGUUCGUCGUGGAGGGGCUGUCUGAACGAUGGGCGCCGUACGAAGGGCCGUCGUGGCGGCCCCAGCCCCAGGACCACGGCCAGGACAAGCGGCACGACGCCGACCGGGACUCGGAGCUCUACCGCCACGGCGAGUUGUCAACCCAAGGCGACCACGACGACCACUAGAAGGACUCGUAGCCCCGGCGGCGACCGCGCACAGUUCGCUACCGUGAACGCAUCCUCGACGACCACCAAGACGAUGUCCAUCACCACCAGCUCCACGCGCCGGCCGCGCGGGCGGCACGUCGCGUCGCACUCGCUCGUCGACUCAGCAGAGUGGCGCAUGAUUUAUCCCAUUCAUGUAAUUUUAGAUACGAAUAAAUUGGCUGAAAGUU